AGAAAUUAACGGUAGAUACAAUUCUUGGAUUGAUCAGAUUUAGAAGAGGUGUGAGUGGAGGUGUAACUAGUGAUCCUACUAGCGCAUUACCUGAUUACCUGUAUACAGGCGCAACAGACAACACGACAAACACCAACUUCAAUUUUACAAACACUAUGCGUCCCACCCAAGUACCCGAGCUAUGGCAUUUGACAACACCGAAUAACAACAACACAAGUGUGACGGGUGAUCCUACUAGCUCAUUACCUGAUAACUCGACAGGCGCAACAGACAAUGUUUCAAACAUCAACUUCAACUUUACAAACACUAUGGCAUUAGCAUCGGAGCAUCCUACCCAAGUACCCGAGCUAUGGAAUCUGACAACACCACAUAUCAACAACACAAGCCUGAAUAUAACAACAUUGAUCACCACCGUCAAUUCAACCACUGCCCAAACCACUCCUCCGUUUGUGGAUAUGCCAAAGGAAUACGACGUUCCAGCUUAUGACGCACAAUAUUAUGCGGACUACGAACAAGCCGUCAACUUCACAGUUGCAAUGCACGUGUAUGUACUCUCAGUAAUUGUGCUGUUCGGAAUCGUUGGAAAUGUAUUAUCUCUAAUUGUUAUGAGCAAAGAAAAAACAACAGGACUUUCUGGGUCAGCAUCAACAUUUCUGCUCAUGACUUUAGCUGUGGCAGACACCGCGUUGUUGACGAGUGCGACGCUUUAUUUUACGUUGUUCACAAUAGCAAGAGAAACAAGUUGGGUAACAGUGCCUUUCUUCAACGGGGUAAUGCUAGCGAGUAGGUACCUCUUUCUUGUUACCGCCAUCGCACAGGUAUACAGCAACUGGAUCUUGGUCGUGCUGACAUUCAACAGAUUUGUCGCCGUUGUUCUUCCUCUGAAGGCUCACCUUGUUUGUACUAAGAGGAGGGUCAUUAUCGCCGUGAUUGUCACCUUCAUCCUCGCAUGUGCUCUUAACAUUGUCCGAGUAUGGGAGUACAAAUAUGUAGGCGUACCUAUAAAUCACCCGGAAUUAGGCAAUAUUACUCUAAUUGAUAGACGAAACGAUCUAUUGGGAACCACUGCAUACAAUAUGGGCUACCGAUCAACAACUAACGCAAUAUUGAGAGUUAUCGCCCCAAUCGUUAUACUGUCCAUUCUCAAUAUUAUGCUGGUCUUAGUUGUGAGAAAGGGACAGAAAACGAGAAAAGCAAUGUCAAUCUCGAUGCCAAAAGACCAGUCUGCGAACGCGCCAAAAGAGGAUAACAUCACAUUGCGUAUCGUUUGCGUGGUUGUCGUAUUUAUCCUAUGUCAACUUCCGAGUGUUAUAUUCAGUAUCGUCGACACAAUCGACUACAAUAAUGAGUCCAUAUCCUUCGGCACAUUUACAAUAUGGUACUUUGGGAUUUCAACUAACAUUCUCGCCAUUUUGAAUUCCGCAGUUAACUUCAUCAUAUACUUUGUCACUGGGAGGCGGUUUAGGUCUAUUUUGGUGGCAAUGUUAUGUGGACGAUGCAUGAAAAAACAACCACGGUGCAGGAAUGGUACCAUGAUGUCAUCAUCGUACGACUCGGGACAAGGAAAAACCACAUCGGUUACAACUUUGAGUACAUUAUAAACUUUAUAUCAGACUUAUAUUUUAGAUUGUCCGUAAAUUGUGAAGAAGUAGUGUUUAUGAUUUAUGAAGUGCGUUGAUAUUUUUUCAAAUCAAUUCAUUUCACUUACAACGGUGUAACAAAUUUUAUUAAAGAAAGCACUUAUAGAUCAUAAUUGUAUAUAUGGCGUGGAUGGUUAAACUCAUGUUCGACUUGAACCUCUAAUCUGAACUUAGGAAUAUCUAGAAAGGAACUGUGAUAGAAGCCUGUGGUGAGACGACCUCACGACAUUUUCGUAUUUUAGGAUAAUUAAAUUGAAAUGGAAAAGACCACACACAAGAUCGAAAAAUAUGACUAAAAAUGUUGUCACCUCCCUAUUCCCACCAUAUCUCUGAUUCUAGCCUCAGUACACAAGAUCAUGGCAUCUCGCCCAGGAACGGCAAUAAAGGUACAGUAAAACAUGUAAAGUGAAAUACCUCUGUAAGUGGAACACCGAAGUGGAACACUUUUUAGAGGAACUAAAGCUGAUCAUUGUUAAAGGUUUUACUGUACAUUAGACAAUAUACAUUUUUGUUGUGUCAAGGAUGUACUAAAUAAAAAUAUAUAAAUGUAUUGUAAACAAACAUGUAGUCUAACAUAUACCAGUAGGCCAUUAAAAGCUUUAAAUAAACGUUUAACAUCCAUACUGUCACAAGAUUCGGCCGCUAAACAAGACGUUAAACAUAUACUGAAUCAACUUUGAUUGGCCUUGGCAUAUUCAUACUGGCUGUAUUGACUAGGGAGCAAAUAAUAAUAUUCCGGGUGUUAAUCCACAUGGGAAAAACAGACAGAAAUACUUCUUGUUCAUGUCAUAUUAGCAGUCGGAACAAUAGACCGAUGUUAUCAAUAUUUACAAAAGGUCUCUUAAGAUUUCGUAGGUAUCAUUCAUUUAUUUUAGUAGCACUACUAAUAUCAGUGUUUAGCAUCAUGCUAGCAUUGCAAUGGCACUUAUUCUCAUCUU